AUGUUUGCCUUGAGAAGAGCUGCUGCUUUCCGUCCUGUCGUCAGACCAAUGUCUGCUCGUUUCUUCAACACCACCAGAAUAACCUUGAACAGCACUCCAGUAAAGACUGCUGCCAACUUGGCUGAAGUUGUCAACAAGGAAUCCCUUAUCGGUCAAGGUGCCAAAGAAGGUACUAUUCCAACUGAUUUGGAACAAGCAACCGGUUUGGAAAGAUUGGAAUUGUUGGGUAAGUUGGAAGGUAUUGAUAUUUUCGACACCAAGCCAUUGGACUCCUCUAGAAUCGGUACCGUUGAAAACCCAAUCAUGGUCGACUCUUUUGACGACUACAGAUACAUUGGUUGUACCGGUAGCCCAGCCGACUCCCAUGAAGUUCAAUGGAUGAGAUUGACCGGUGAAAAGCUUUCUAGAUGUUGGGAAUGUGGUUCCGUUUACAAAUUGAACGAAUGUGGUGUCCCACAAGAUGAUCACCACCACUAA